UAUACAAAAAAAAAAUAAUAAAAUUAUAUAGUCACAAUAUAAUGCAACGCGUUAUUUUUUUUUUUUUUCUUCUUUCUCUUUUUCUUUCUUCUAUUCAAUUAACAUGCCUCGAUCGCCUUCACCAAAACGAUACUCUAGUAGACAGCGAGAAAGAGAUUACAGAGACUUGGACAGUCCUCGUUCAAGGUCACCACCUCGUAGAAGACGUAGAGAUGAUGACCGUGAUUAUCAUCGUGGGCGGUCCAACCGAAGUCGAUCCCCUCCUCGUCGAGACCGACGUACCGAGAAGAGCCCUGACCGCAGAGAUCGAGGUAGGGCCAGAUACAGUAGUCGAUCCAGUUCGCCUAAAUACCGUCGUCGUCGUAGUUCCGAUACUCGUCCCAUGUCACCGGUUACGAAAAGAAAAGCACCUUCACCUGAGCCCAUGGCAGUUGAGGAAGGAGGAGGAGAGGAUGGUGAGGAGGACGAUGAGGAGACAAAGAUGAUGAAAUUGAUGGGUUUUGGAGGGUUUGAUACGACAAAGAAUAAGAAGGUACCCGGUACAGAUGUCUCUGGUGCCAAAAUUCGUAAACCCAUUAAAUACCGUCAGUACAUGAAUCGUAGAGGAGGCUUUAACAGACCUUUGGAUAAUUAAAUUAGUAUACAGUAUAAUAAUAAUAAUAAUAAAAAAAAGAGUUGUCAAAAUGCAA